GAUAACUCACGAGAUAGUUACAUAAAUUAAAAUAAAAGAGCUCAUAGCUUAUAUCAGCUAUAAAAAGUUGAGUCCGGUGUUCGAGCUCUGGGUGACGUAAGAGCUCGUACGACCCGUGGGUUUGUGGGCCGGAGCCAAUCGGCUCGUUGAAAGAAAGAGUGGGUCCAAAAGGGAGUUUAUCGGCAGUAUCAGCCGACCGCCAACCAGUUUUCUGAUUUUCAUCUCGCCUCAUCUUCCGAGCUUCCGUUUUUUCUCCCGCUCAACUUCGGUUAUUUUUGUGCCACCGCAUAGCCCACCUAGUUACGUGCUGCGCUCUCACCCUCGAGGAUUACCCCGUUUUAAUCGGAAUUUUCACUGAGCGUCGGAUCGAUUCCUGCCUAGCCGGUGGUUUUUCACCGUAGAUUUAAGGAUAUCUUAUCUGGAGCCGAUACAGCAUGACUGGAGGUGAGUAUCUCGGAUUAACAAUGCCUGAAACUUCUCUCGUCAACGGAUACCAAGGAAACGGACACAUGGAGCCCGAAAUUCCUGAUGGCGAGAACUUUCUUUUCACCUCCGAAUCGGUCGGAGAAGGACAUCCAGAUAAAAUGUGUGAUCAAAUCAGUGACGCUAUCCUUGACGCCCAUCUGAAAGAAGAUCCAGAUGCAAAAGUUGCCUGUGAAACUGUGACGAAAACUGGAAUGGUCCUUCUUUGUGGAGAAAUAACGUCCAAGGCAAAUGUUGAUUACCAAAAGGUCGUGCGAGAUACAAUUAAACACAUAGGCUACGAUGAUUCCUCUAAAGGUUUUGAUUACCAAACAUGCGCUGUGAUGCUUGCUAUCGACGAACAGUCACCUAACAUUGCUGCUGGUGUUCAUAUUAAUAGAUCGCAAGAAGAAGUAGGAGCUGGUGACCAGGGUUUGAUGUUCGGUUAUGCAACAGAUGAAACUGAAGAAUGUAUGCCCUUAACGGUUGUUCUGGCUCAUAAAUUAAAUGAAAGAAUAGCUGAUAUGCGACGCAGUGGAGUAUUCUGGUGGGCACGACCGGACUCUAAGACCCAGGUCACCUGUGAGUAUUGCUUCCAGCAUGGUGCCUGUGUGCCCCUGCGAGUGCAUACAGUUGUGGUUUCAAUUCAACACUCGGAAAAAAUUACCUUGGAAGAACUUCGCACCGAAAUAAUGAACAAAGUCAUCAAAGAAGUGAUACCGACAAAGUAUUUAGAUGACAAAACCAUGUUCCACAUCAACCCUUGCGGCCAGUUUGUUCUGGGAGGACCAAGAUGUGAUGCUGGUUUAACGGGCCGAAAGAUCAUUGUGGACACAUAUGGUGGAUGGGGAGCACAUGGUGGUGGUGCAUUUUCUGGCAAGGACUUCACAAAAGUGGAUCGUUCAGCUGCUUAUGCCGCGCGGUGGGUUGCUAAAUCCCUAGUUAAAUCAGGACUCUGCAGACGUUGCCUUGUCCAGGUUUCUUAUGCCAUUGGAGUCGCAGAACCCAUCUCCAUUACUUUAUUUGAAUACGGAACAGCAAAGAAAACUCAGAAGGAACUUCUUGAAAUUGUCAAGAGGAACUUUGACCUGCGGCCUGGUAAAAUUGUCCGAGACCUGAACCUUCGUAACCCAAUUUACCAGAAAACGAGCACCUAUGGACACUUUGGACGCGACAUUUUUCCGUGGGAGCAGCCAAAAUUGCUGGUCUAGUAUUGUAAAAUUCUUUACUCUAGUUUGAUUCGCAAAUUUUUUUACAAUGAGUAAUCCAUUGUCUCUUGCACAGUGACUCUCUCAGCCUGUUUGUUCGCUGCUAAGUGAAACUCCUAAUUCUAAGUCUUUUCGCAUGAAAGUAUCGCAGCUUUUGCAAAGUCUUGAAUUCAUUGUUCUCCUAGAGAAAUUAUUUUUCACCCAAUCAUAAUUUCAUUUCAAACUAUCUCUGUAGGGAAAUUUUCUGAGACAGUUCUUUGGAGGACUACUAAAGUAUUUGUUAAGAUCGUUAACUUAAAAUGGCAAACUUUAGCAAAACUCACCAUUCCCCGUAAGUUUUCCUUUUCAUUGAAUUAAGUUCAUCAUUUUUUUUAUUCUACACACCAUUAACUUCAUUUUCUCAUUGUAGAAGUGGAUAAUUGAUCUCUGCUACUAAUUAGCAUUCCCAACUCGAGAAAGAAGACACCGUCUCUGUGUAAGUCUAAUAAAAUGGACAUAGUAUUCCUGUAAGUUCAUUGAAACUAUUCUUAAAGAAUUCACCUAAAUGAAGUCAAUAACCUUUAUUAUUUCUGGUUUCAUGAACAUUAUUUAAACAAAAGAAUUAUGGCUCAAGCUUCUUAGAACAAACGAAUUACCUCGCAUGUUGUUCAAAAGAUCUUUUGAUCAUGAAUGUUUUUUCUUUGAAUGCUUUUGUGAUCCAACUGGCUUCGUACUGUCAAUGAAAUCUCUUGCCAUUUUGAGUUACCUUUUUCAAUCCUUUUUCAAUUUAGUUGUACAUAGUUGUAAUUUUGUUUGCCGUUUAUUUUCUCUGUAGCUGCUAGAUUUAAUCGUUACGUCGAUAAUUUUAUUUUUGAUUUCAUCAUCCAAAGAAUAUUUUUCUAACAUGAUGCAAAUCAGAGCUUCAGUAGACUUAAAGUUUAUGAGCAAAUGAUUUUAGAUGGACGAGGUUGUUUAUCAGAGUUGCUCUAGCCACGAAUUUUAGUUUAAAUUUUCUAUCAAGUGAUUUUGAAGCAUCUACUCAGCUGAUUCCAUUCAAUCAAUCAGAAGUUUAAAUUUCGAAACCUUUUCUUUUAAUUAGAUGAUUGCGAAAGUUGUCUUUAAUCCUCUUAAAUUAUUGCCUUUUAUAUUAUCUGUGCUUUUCCUCAUGGAUUAUUAAUGAAUUCUUUCACUAAAACACAAGUGAUAAUUCAGUCCACAUAGGAAAAACAUGAGCAUUUAUCCACCAAAUUGUCCUUCAAUUUUUUUUUGAUGCAUCAACUCUUGUCUGUGGAUCAGUGUUUAUAUUUGAAACACUACAUUGGUGAAGGAGACUUUUGAAACUUUCAUCUAAUUUUAUUUUCGUCUUAUGCCCCCUUCGUUCGUUUGUUUUGAUUUUUUUUAGUAUAAUAAUGAUAACUAAAUCUGAGUGUUAUGUAAGGUUUGCAUAUAAUCCUUCUCGAGUAAAAUGUCUUUUAGCUCAGGAGCUAAGAAGCAUAAACUUGUGUGAAAAUUAAUGAAUUGCCAAUCAUCUUGGCCUUCGCUUGUCAAAAAUACAAAUGAAGCAUUAACUUUUCUGAGUUGCUGGGCAUUUUAAACAGAAGUAGCAUCAUUCUGGAUCAAUGAAGAUGAAAAAUAUUCCAGUAUCUCAAGAAUACUAAGAAAUGGAUAAGGCUCAUUUCAAGUGCUCUUAAUCGGAAAAUAUAAGAAUGAGUGUAAUUUUUUACUUUCAAUUAUCCAAGGUAUAUGAUACCCUCUCGAGCAGAUUAUAAUUAACUCAUCUGGUUUGCAUAAUUAGUAGAUAAUUUUAGUCCAAUUAUCGCACUGAUCGUCAAUCACAUUUCGUUGUUAUCACAUAUUUUUAAUCUAUAGUUUUUUAUCUACUCAUUGAAUAUUGGAAGGAGGAUAAUUAUUUUGACCAAGCUCGAUUAUAACUUCGGUUUUGCUUUUUAUUAAAUCAUCGUGUUUGAUUAUGCUAUCAUCCUUCCACUUCAAUUUUUUCCAGCUAUAUGAUGGACGAGAAUCACCCUAUUGUUUUAAGUGUAUGAAUCCUUUUUCAAAUGAUCAUAAUAUUUAUUCUAUAUUUUAGCCAUUAAAAUAUCACUUUCCUGUUUUCCCCUUUUCCAAUGAUCAAUCAAUCAGUUUAAAUUUUGUUGCAUUGAUGAGAAUCACUGUAAAUGCUUUAAUUUUUAUCUCAUUUAAUCAAGUUUGAAAAUGUAAGUUUUAUGUUUAAAACUGUUCCAGUCAAGACAAUAUAUCUUAUCAAUUUUUAUCCAAUCUGCUUAAUUUGAUUUCACAUCAUUUGAUCAAAGAAUCUUUAGCAAUUAUCCAGUAUCAAGCAAUAUAGCAGAAAAUCCUCCGUUUCAUUAAGAUCACACUUAAAUUUGAGGUAUCCAAUUUCUCAGAAUUGUUGCAGAAAUGAGCCUAUGGACUGGUAGUCUUAUCAUUGUAGCUCUUUAUUUUAACUCCUUUUAAAUUAUCGUUUUCCCCCCUGAUUAUUUUCUAUCAUCAAUGUAUGUUUGAUGUCAGUCAGUGCUCCCAUGGAAUUAAAUUGAUCAGAAUUCCCAAUCCUAAUCUGUCUUGUAUUAUUUUUUAAUAAUGUCUUAAUUUAUUUUCUGUGGAAGAUAGUGUAAGUGCGAGAUAUUUCCCUGUUCUUUCAUUUCAUGUAAUGAUCAAUUUCAAUUUUAAUAAAUGAAAUAAAUUUUUCUAAGUGAA